CAGCCAGGCACCACAAAGGACCUUCAGGCGCAACCCUGAGGGGCCAACACCAACUUUUUCCUUUUCAGAUCAUCGCAUUUAAAACCCUGCAUUGGAGAUGCAAACUCAGCCUGUGGUCGUUGUGACUCAGCCUGGACUUGGCCCUGCACCCCAAAACUCCAACUGGCAGACGGGCAUGUGUGAUUGCUUCAGUGACUGCGGAGUCUGUCUCUGCGGCACAUUUUGUUUCAUGUGCCUUGGAUGCCAAAUUGCAGCUGACAUGAAUGAAUGCUGUCUGUGUGGAACAAGUGUCGCGAUGAGGACUCUCUACCGUACCCGCUAUGGCAUCCCUGGAUCUAUUUGUGAUGACUAUUUAGUGACCAUGUGCUGUCCUCAUUGUUCUCUCUGCCAAAUCAAGAGAGAUAUCAACAGAAGGAGAGCCAUGCAUGCUUUCUAAAAACAUGAUGGUGAAGACCUCUUAGUAAAGCACCUCAAUCAGCAACGUCUUCAAUUGGAAUACUUCACUCUCUUUUGCAACUGAAAUAAGAUAGAUACGUUUAAUUACAGUUGAUGGCGUGAAGAAAAUCAAGAGUUUUCAAGACUUCUUUUAAAUUAAUCCUGUCCCUGAGUUUUGCUAAAUGAUCCAGCUUAGUUUCUCCUUGCUUUCACAUUAUUAUAUUUCUUGGCUUCUAAUUUUUUA